AUGAGCCCACCACCUCCCUCCCCAGAGAAGUCCAAGGAGGAGCUUGAGGCGACUGUCGCUGUGCAAGGCGUCCAGCUGGAGCGCAACUUCUCCUUCCUCGCCAUCCUUGGCGUUUCCUUCUCUAUCCUCAACUCAUGGACCGCCAUGUCUGCUUCCCUCCCUCUCGUUCUUGGUUCCGGUGGCUCCAUCGCCAUGGUUUGGGGCCUGCUCGUCUCCGCCCUCGGCACGCUGGCGAUGGGGGUCAGUCUGGCUGAGGUGUGCCACGUACUUCCCCUCAGCGGUGGGCAGUACGACUGGUCCUACGUUCUCGCUCCGGACGGGUGGAAGGAGCGUCUGUCCUUUAUUGCAGGGUGGAACGGCACUGCAGGCUGGGUGGCGCUCUCUGCUGCUGCUCCUGUACUGGGCUCUGGAUUCAUCUCUGGCCUCAUCGCCCUCUGGAACCCGGAAUUUGCGAUGCAGCCGUGGCAGUUCUUCCUCCUCUUCCUUGCCAUCGCAUUGCUGGCUUUCGUUCUCAACGUCUUCGGCGUGCGCGCCCUACCGGCUAUUGAUCGCUUCGCGGGUACAUGGAGCAUCGUCGGCUUUGUUGUUGCCAGCAUCGUCUGCCUCGCCUGCGCCGACACCUUCCAGAAGCCGAAAGCUGUCUUCGCGACGUUCACCAAUGUCACUGGUUGGCCUGACGGAAUGGCAUUCAUCCUCGGUCUUCUGCAGUCGACGUUUGGUCUCACAGCCUUUGACGCCGCCAGCCACCUCGUUGAGGAGAUGCCGCGGCCGUACAUCCACGCCCCGCGCGUCAUGGUGCUGGCGAUCGUCCUCGGCGCCGCCACGAGCUGGGUGUUUAUGAUUGUUAUUCUCUUCUCGCUACAAGACUUUGACACGGUGCUCAGCGCUACCACCGGUCCGCUACUCCAGAUAUACUACCAGGCGACGAGCAGCCGCGUCGGGGCCACCUGCCUCAUGAUGUUCAACCUCGUCGCGAUGGUUCUUGCCGGCCAGGGCAUCCUGACCGUCUCGUCGCGCCUGGUGCUCACCUUCGCCCGCGAUCGCGGCCUCGGGCCCGCGUCGCUCAUUGCCGGUGUUCACCCUCGCCUCAAGGCGCCCGUCUGGUGCAUCGUCUUCGUCACUGUCUGGGUGACGGCGUUUGGCCUGAUCAACCUCGGCAGCAGCGUGACCACCAAUGCCAUCCUCUCGUCCUCCGUCGUUUUCCUACAGAUCAGCUAUUUCAUCCCCAUCGCCAUUGUCUUUGUGCGCGGCGCUUCCGCUUUCGGCGAGCACGCCACACACGCCAAAUGGUCUCUCGGACGAUGGCGCCGCACCAUCAACGGCAUUGCGCUUGCGUUCGUCGUCGUCACCACCAUCACAUUCUGCUUCCCACCUGCGAUCCCUGUGCUGAGCGGGACAACGAUGAACUGGGUCGUGGUGGUUGUCGCAUUGGUGUGGCUGUUCGCAGGCAUUACUUGGGCAAUCGACGGACGGACGCAGUUCCACGGCCCCAAGGCGCUGGAGGAGCGGCUGGAGAUUGCGAGGGCAGCGUAG